AUGACUGAAGAGGAUACCAAAGAUAAAGGUUCUCAAGUAAAUCGCUCUGUUGUGGAGGAUAUAUGUAAGCCUUUUAUCGUGGGCGAUGAAGUCUACCGCCAAAUUAGAGAUGUUUUUCUGAAUGAAAUUAAAAAAGGCUUGUGCAAAUACACCCAUGAAAGUGCCUCUGUUAAGUGUUUGUUGACUUUUGUGGAAAAACUGCCAAAUGGUUGCGAACGUGGCAAAUUCUUGGCCUUGGAUGUAGGCGGAACAAACUUUCGCAUCUUACUCCUAAAUCUAGAUGGCGGGGAGAAUUUGAAGAUUGAAACAGCAAGUUAUGAAUUGACGGAAUCGCUAAUGACUGGCCCUGGACGCGAUUUGUUCGAUUUUCUUGCAGAAUGCUUAUCCACAUUCAUCCACAAACAAGACCUGCAAAAGGAGGAGCUCAAUUUAGGUUUCACUUUCGCAUUCCCAUUAAAGCAGACCGAAUUGAAUAAAGGUGUCCUCGUCACUUGGACUAAAGCCUUUAGUUGCUCGGGUGUAGUGAACCAUGAUGUUGUUGACUUAUUUAAAGAAGCAAUAAAUCGACGAGACGAUAUUCACAUUAAUAAUAUCGUUAUUUUAAAUGACACGACCGGUACACUAAUCUCUUGCGCUUGGGAUUACCGCGAAACUAAAAUUGCUCUUAUAAUUGGCACCGGCACCAAUACAUGCUACCUGGAAAAGACUAAAUAUAUUGAACUAUUCAACGGUGGCGUUAACGCUAGUCCUACUAUGAUUAUUAACUGUGAAUCUGGUAACUUUGGUAGUGAUGGAUCACUGGAUUUUGUGCGCACCCCAAUCGACCUUAUAUUGGAUAAUAACUCUGUCAAUGCUGGCCAGCAAAUAUAUGAGAAAAUGAUUUCCGGUAUGUAUUUGGGAGAAAUUGUUCGUCUCAUAAUCUUGGAGUGUAUUAAUGCUGGAGCCAUGCUGAACGGGGUUCAUUCUGAGGAGAUAAGUACCCCAAUGUCACUAGACAUAAAGCACAUGUCCGAAAUUGAAGCUGGAGAACCUGGCAAUGAUUCAGCUACCCGGCAAAUUUUUGAAAUAAUGGGCUACAAGCGACCCUCCGAUGAGGAUUGUGAGCACUUGCGUUACAUAUGCAAUGUGGUGUCAACACGGUCAGCCAACAUGGCCGCAGCAACUCUUGCUACUUUAGUUAACCGAGUAGGUGAUCCUUUUGUGGUUAUAGGUGUUGAUGGCACUGUGUAUCGAAUGUAUCCUAAUUAUCCUGAACGCCUACGAAAGAAACUAAAAGAGCUUGCUCGCCCAGAAUAUCAGUUUUGUCUGAAGGUGACAGAAGAUGGCUCCGGACGUGGAGCAGCUUUAUUAGCCGCGACAGUAUUUUCCAAGAAAAGAAGCCCAUAA